AUGUCGCUACCUUUAACGAGAGAGUCAAUAGAACUCAAUGAUUUAGAGAAAUCAUCUUCCGCUAAAGCUUACAAAGUUAAUGACAACUAUCACUUACAUCCCAGUUCCAAACAUAUGCUAAAAAGGCUCUACUUUGCAUUGAUAAUAGAGGCCAUGAUUUCACUCAGUAUAUAUUACCAAUACCAAAAGAUAUCUGAAGUAAACACAAUGUUAGCUCCGACCCUAUUGGGCUGCUUUUCUGGAGCUUUAGCUCAAUCAAUAAACCAAUUUUCGAGGAAAAAGUUCAAGUUCAACAAAAUUAUUGAAUUUAUGAUUUGGGGAAGUAUAAAUGGAUAUUUUACCGUUUCUUGGAUAAACUUGUUGAUGCAGCGAUUCGAGAAUAUUGUGUAUCGUAUCCUUGUUGAUCAAGCUAUAGGUGCUCCAACAUUUCAACUAAUUUUCAAUAUUCUAAACGCGCUUUGGGACCAUGGAGAGAUAUUUACAAAAACUACAAGAAAUGCAUAUUUCAAGUCAUUGAAAUAUAGUUAUUGUUAUUGGCCAUUCUUUAGCAUAUUCCUGUUCAUGUUUAUACCGCAGGGAAUGAUGUUUCCCUGUAACUGUUUGGCAAAUUUGAUCUGGAAUUUGAUUUUGAGUAGAUUGGCAUAG